AUGAAGGAAAGAGGGAAAUCUGUUGAAUCUGAUCAAGAUUACAACAAUGUUUACCCAGAUUACAAUUUUUACUACUCAUCAUCAUCUGGUUUUCCAUGCAAGAAACACCCAUCUUCAUCACAAGUUGGAAUAUGUGCAUAUUGUCUUAAAGACAGGCUUAUGAAGCUUGUAUGUUCAGAUUGCGGUGAACAAAGACUAUCUUCUUGUUCAUGUUCUGAUGUGUCUUCAUACAGGAACUCAUCAUGCACUGUUGAUGUGGGAAGUGUUGGCAGGAUUUCAUUUUUGAUAGAGAAUGAAAAAGCAGGAAGUGGUGAUGAACAAAAAACACUUUUUUCACAUAUGAAACAGAGCAAAAAGAGAGAUACAGAGGAUGUUAUUUUGCUUAAAAGAAGUAAUAGUUGUGUUGUUGAGGUGAAAAAAAGUAAUGGGUUUUGGAGAAUAGGGAAGCUUUUUAGUAAGAAAAAAAGAGAAAAAGAAAGAAAUGGUGAUGAAAAAAGUGAGAUAUGGGUGUCUGAAUGUGCAAUGGAUGUGUCAAGAUCAAGGUCACUUUGUAGUUUUAGAGGUGGAAAUUUUGAUCAUGAAAGUGAUAUGGGUUAUUGUUCUAGUGCAAAGAUUUCAGAUUUUAAUGAAUCUGAGCCAAGAAAGAGUGGAUUUAGAGGUGGAUUUAUGGAUUUUGAAUCUGGUUUUUCUGCUAAAGAAAGUGAGUUUUGUAGAAUUCAUGAUGAUUCAAGUUUUAUUGAUUUGAAACUUGAUUUAUCUCAGUCAAAAACAGAGCACUCUGUUUUCAAGAACCCGUUAGAUAGCAAUGGCCGUGGAGGAUCAUCAUCAUGUAGGAUUACAGUUAAUGAUAGGGGGAUUAAGAAGGGAAGUAAAGGGCAUAGUAAGGUUUGGAAGUGGAUUUUUAAGCAACAUUCUGGGAAGAAAGAUCUGAAUCACAUUUUAGAAUCUUGA